CACGAUUCCAGUCUGGGAACACAUAUACGACAGAGGUGCAGUAACAGCUCUACUUCUUUUCACUGAAGAUUAUUGAAUAUGGAUGGUCAGCAAGUGUGUAAUGAUUCGAAGCUGUACAAAAAAUCCACAACGAAAGAAGAGAAGAAAAACAACGUAUUGCAACUGUGGGGAAACGAACGUACAAUGAAUUUAAACCCACUCAUCUUGGAAAACAUACGAACUUCGUAUUACUUUAAAGUGAAUCUUCGCAAGUUGAAAACGUACCACGAAGUCGUCGAUGAAAUUUAUUACAGAGUUGGUCAUCUAGAACCAUGGGAAAAAGGAAGCCGAAACACAACUGGGUUAACGGCACUGUGUGGAGGUGUUAGAGGGGUUGGUGCGGGAGGGAUUGUAUCAUCAGCCUACUGCUUACUGUAUAAAAUGUUUACGUUAAAAAUGACUCGAAAACAGGUCAAUGGUUUGAUUACUCACCCUGAUUCCCCUUACAUUAGAGGUUUAGGUUUUAUGUAUAUCAGAUACACACAGCCUCCACAAGACUUAUGGGAAUGGUUCGAGCCAUUUUUAAACGACAAAGAAGAAAUUGAUGUAAAGGCAGGAGGGGGCCACGUCAUGACAAUAGGAGAUAUGUUAAAAAGAUUUCUGACAAAACUGCAAUGGUUUUCCACAUUCUUUCCACGAAUUCCGCAGCCAAUACAACAGACGAUCGAUAGGAAAUUACCGCUGCCAUGA